CAGAAGAAAGUGAAAACGUCGAACCCAAAAUGCAAAUCCUUCUCCGCUUUUUUCUUCUCCAUAUUCGAAAAUUCUCCGCGUCCUUGCAGCAACUCCUUUGAAAUUCGCUGUCUCCUUCAUUCGUUGGCGAGUGUGCGUUCUAGCUCUCGUCUCUUAUCAUCGCAAUUCAUCUUCAGUCUUGCCUGUAAACCGAAUAAUUUGGAGUUUCGCCGGAAUUUCAUCUGCAUAUGUAGUAUGUAUGAUUGUCGAUGAUCAAAGUACUUCUUCCUGAUUGUGUUCUCGUUUCAGAUAUCUGAGUACAUAAUUUCAUCUCCUAUCAAGAGUGCCAAAAACAAUGAAGCGGAUAAGAGAUGAUCUGUACGCCUCUGGGUCGCAGUUUCAACGUCCUUUGGGCCCCUCUCGAGGCGAAAUAUAUGGACAAUCUCCGCGACCCGGCAUUGGUGACGCCGGAGAAGGUAGAGUAGGAGAGGGAGGGAGAACAGUUGGUGGGGAAAUGAGCUCUCAGAAAUUAACAACCAAUGAUGCGUUGUCGUACCUUAAGGAAGUAAAGGAGAUGUUUCAAGAUCAACGAGAGAAAUAUGAUAGGUUCCUUGCGGUUAUGAAAGAUUUUAAGGCUCAAAGGACCGACACGGGCGGUGUGAUUGCACGAGUUAAAGAAUUGUUUAAGGGACACAACAAUUUAAUAUAUGGAUUUAAUACCUUUUUGCCAAAGGGAUAUGAAAUCACGCUUAUUGAGGAAGACGAAGCUCUGCCAAAAAAGACUGUUGAAUUUGAAGAAGCCAUCAAUUUUGUGAAUAAAAUUAAGAUGCGGUUCAAGCACGAUGAACAUGUCUAUAAAUCUUUCUUGGAUAUCUUGAAUAUGUACCGAAAGGAGAACAAGGAAAUUAGUGAGGUUUAUUAUGAGGUAUCUAUUCUUUUUGAGGGUCACUCGGAUUUGCUUGAGGAGUUUACUCGGUUUUUGCCAGCGUCUUUGCCGUCUCAUUCAGCAGCGCAGUAUAGCCGGAGUCAGGCCCAACGGUACAAUGACCGAGGAUCAGGCCUUCCUCUAAUUCGCCAAAUGCAUGUGAAGAAGGAACGACGACGAGAAAGGGCUGUUGCUUCCCGCGGUGAUUAUAGUGUUGAUCGCUAUGACCUUAAUGAUAAUAAGACGAUGGUAAAGAUGCAAAGAGAGAAGCGGAAGCGUGCUGAUAAGGAGAACAGGGUAAGGAGAGGCCGUGAUUUGGACGAUAGAGAAGCAGAGCAAGAUAACCUACACCGUUUUCCAGAGAAAAGAAAGUCACCCAGAAGAGCAGAAGGUCUUGAAGCAUAUUCUGGUUCUGCUUCGCAUUCUGAGAAAGACAGUUUGAAAAGCAUGUACAACCAAGCAUUUGUUUUUUGUGAGAAAGUCAAGGAGAGAUUAUGCAGCCAAGAUGAUUAUCAGACAUUCUUGAAGUGCCUUAAUAUUUUCAGCAAUGGAAUAAUCCAAAGAAAGGAUCUUCAGAAUUUGGUUUCUGAUCUUCUAGGGAAAUUCUCUGACCUCAUGGAUGAGUUCAAUCAGUUCUUUGAGCGCUGUGAGAGUAUUGAUGGAUUUCAGCACCUUGCUGGUGUUAUGAGCAAAAAAUCAUUUAGCAGCGAAGAACAAUUAUCCCGGUCUACGAAGGUGGACGAAAAAGAAACAGAACAUAAAUCUGACCUUGAGGCUGUUAAGGAAACAGAGAAAUACAAGGAGGAGUACAUGGGAAAAUCUAUUCAAGAGCUCGAUCUAUCUGAUUGCGAAUGUUGCACUCCCAGCUACCGGCUCCUGCCUCCAAACUAUCCGAUACCAACAGCGAGUCAGAAAUCGAAGCUAGGAGCUGAGGUUUUAAAUGAUCACUGGGUUUCUGUCACUUCAGGGAGUGAAGAUUAUUCUUUUAAGCACAUGCGCAGAAAUCAAUAUGAAGAAAGCUUGUUCAGAUGUGAAGAUGAUAGAUUUGAAUUGGACAUGCUCCUGGAAUCUGUGUGCUCUGCGGCCAGAAGUGCAGAAAAUUUGUUGAACAUCAUCAUAGAGAAGAAAAUAACUUUUUCUGGAUCCUUCAGGAUCAAAGACCACUUCACGGCCCUGAAUUUAAGAUGUAUUGAGCGACUUUAUGGCGACCAUGGUCUUGACGUGAUAGACGUUUUACAUAAGAAUCCAGCCACUGCACUUCCUGUAAUCUUAACUCGUUUGAAGCAGAAACAAGAUGAAUGGAAGAAAUGCCGAGAAGAUUUUGAUAAGGUCUGGGCAAAGGUAUAUGCAAAAAACCAUUACAAAUCACUUGAUCACCGCAGCUUCUACUUCAAGCAACAAGAUUCAAAGAACUUGUGUGCAAAACCAUUGGUGGCUGAAAUUAAGGAGCUGAAAGAGAAGUUUCAGAAUGAGGAUGAUAUUCUGCUGUCUAUUUCUGCUGGUUACAGACAACCCAUAAACCCUAAUCUCGACUAUGAGUAUUGUAACAGAGCCAUUCAUGAAGACCUGUACAAACUAGUCCAGUUUUCAUGCGAGGAGUUAUGUUCUACAAAGGAACAGCUCAGUAAAGUUCUGAGGCUUUGGGAAAGUUUUCUUGAGGCAGUGCUGGGCGUUCCUCCCAGGGCCAAAGGCAUAGAUCUUGUUGAAGAGGUUGUUAUUAAAACCAGGACUCUUGAUGUGAAUCACAGGACAUCUACUAAUGGGGAGGCUACUGUGAAUUGUGGAAUAGACACAUCAAAGUUGGCUUCUAGGAAACUAAAAUCUGCUGCCAACGGAGAUGAGAAUGCGUCCUCUGGGGCUUCCAAACAUGCUAGGAUUGGUUUGCUAAAUAAGGAUUCGAUAGGGAAAGAAAGUCUUAAAGAUGCUGAUAUAGCCAACCGAGAUGGUAUUACCUGUUCUGCUGUGAUUCACCAGAAAGGACAUGAGACGGGAAAUGGAGCCGAUAAAAGAUCUGAAAUGCCUAUCCCAGUGGAUAUUAGCGAAAGAGCAGCGACCUCGAGUUUAUCAAUCGCAAGUGAGGGAGAAAACAAUCAUGGUGUCGUAGGAAAGGAAGAUUUGGAAGGUUCAGAUGAGAUUCAAGCCAAACCAAACAACACUCUCAGUAAUAUUCACCAUGGCGUAGAUAGCAUUGAAACUUCUCUUUCGACCCAGGGAGGUGAUGUUGGUUUAGUUUUGGCAAAUGGAAUAAAGUCAGAUUCUUCUAAAGAUAAUAGGAAUUCUUAUGAACCCGAAGGUCCAUCCACAAUUGAGAAGGAGGAAGGUGAACUGUCACCUAAUGGGGAUUUCGAAGACAACUUUGGUGCUUAUAAAGAUCUUGUGGUGAAGUCUACAUCCAAACCAGAGAAUUCAGCAGAUGCUGAAGUAGAGAAUGAGGAUGAUGGUAGUGAAAAUGCUUUAGAGGGUGGUGAGGAUGCAUCUGGAACCGAAUCUGGUGGUGACGAAUGUUCACUUGAUGAAAACAGAGAGGAGGAAGAUGGUGAGCAUGAUGAGAUGGAUGGUAAAGCUGAGAGUGACGGAGAAGCAGAGGGAAUUGAUUCACAUCUCAUAGAAGGAGACAGUGAGUUGCUUCCGCAGUCAGAGCGUGAUCUCGUGUCUGUCAGACCUCUUUCAAAGCAUGUAGCAGCGGUUUUACGCGACGAGAGGACAAAAGAUUUCAGAGUUUUCUAUGGGAAUGACGACUUUUAUGUUCUUUUUAGGCUUCACCAAAUUUUGUACGAGAGAAUUUUCUCUGCCAAAAGGAAUUGCUCAGGCGGUGAACUGAAAUCAAAAACCUCAGAGGAUACCGAUUCCCUAGACCCUUAUGCCAGGUUUAUGAGGGUUUUGUAUGGUGUGCUUGAUGGAUCAAUUGAAAAUACAAAGUUUGAGGAUGAGUGCAGAGCUAUUAUAGGAAAUCAGUCAUAUGUGUUAUUUACGUUGGACAAACUGAUAUACAAAUUGGUUAAACAGCUUCAAGCUAUUGUAGCGGAUGACAUGGACAACAAGCUGCUUCAGUUGUAUGAGUAUGAGAAAUCUCGGAAACCCGGAAGGAUUAUAGACUCGGUGUAUUAUGAAAAUGCCAGGGUCCUCCUUCACGAGGAAAAUAUUUACCGAUUUGAAUGUUCAUCUUCGUCAUCUCGCUCAUCUAUCCAGCUUAUGGAUAACAUAAUUGAAAAGCCGGAAGCGCAUGCAGUUUCUAUGGAUCCCACGUUUGCAAGUUAUUUGCAAACUGACUUUCUUUCCACCUCAUCAGGAAAAAAAGAGGAGGGACAUGACAUUGUGUUACAAAGGAACCUGCGUCCAUAUACCGGCUUGUAUGAUCUUGCAGCACUCUGUAAAGCCAUGGAAGGUGUUGAAGCAGUAAAUGGCUUGGAAUGCAAGAUGUCUUGCUCUUCUUACAAGGUCUCGUACGUCUUGGAUACAGAGGAUUUCUUCCACAGGAAGAAGAAGAAAAAGAAGACCAAACACUUACUGCAAUCUAACAAAGAUAGAGUAGAAAGGUUCCACAGGUUUCUCUCAGCUUCAAGAUGACAACAACGAAGCUUCCUCUUGGGUUUUCUUCUUUCUUUAACUCCACAAACACACAAGAAAAAAGAUUAUAAGAUGAGAUUUAGAUAGAUGCACAAAGUGGGGAAGAAAGCCAUAAGAAGAAGAACAAUACUGUUACUAUGUGUGUAUCUUGUAUUGGUGUUUGGUGUUAAGUCUGUUACUGUUAGUGUGUGUAGUGUGUACUCUUGAAGAGAUUGUUGUUGUAAAUAUGGGGAAACGCUUGGAGAUGUGGUCUCGCCCUUCUUUUCUCAUAUAAUAAAAAAUCAUUCUA